AUUCUGAUUGGGAAGAGACCACGCGUGUGUUUAUAGAACGUUUCGUUUACACGUUAUUGAACCGGAACGUCCAGAUCUGUCCAUAUCUUUCCGGAAGUGGAAGAGUUUGACCACUCAGGGACACCUUAGGAGCAACGUGACCACAAUUACCGACGAAGAGGUCGAAGAGACCCGCAGUGCAUACCGCUAUCUGUGGAAAAAGAACCGGUGACAUUUACCAAUAAUCCGCAAGACAGUGUACCUGCUGCCCAGCGUGCUGCAAGCGGAAUGGAAGGGGAGCCCCUCUCAGCCCUGUGUACGCCUGCUCUGGUGGUGGACGUGGACAAAGUGAAGAGAAAUGCCCAAAGGAUGAUUAAACGCUUUCAGACGCUCGGUGUCCAGCUUCGGCCACACAUGAAGACGCACAAAACCCUCGAAUGUGCCGACAUAAUGACGGCUGGAUCACGGAGGUGCAUUGUGGUGUCCACUCUGGCAGAGGCCACUUUCUACGCUGACCAUGGAUAUGAUGACAUCCUUUAUGCAUACUCUGUUCCCUUUGACAAGGUCGAGCGUUGUGCAGCUCUGUCUGAGAGACUAGAACUCUUCCAAAUUUUACUGGAUCACCCUGAUGCUCUGGAACAGCUCAAAAAGAGACCACUGAGAGACGGUCGACAGUGGCACGUCUGGCUGAAACUGGACUGUGGCAACGGGAGAGCUGGUGUGCUGCACUCAGACCCUGCAGCACUCAGACUGGCUCAGGCCAUCGCUGAGGCGGAGGGGGUGCAGCUGACAGGAGUAUACUCUCACUGCGGGAACACCUACAACUGCAGAGGAGUGGAGCAAAUACAGACUGUCGCCCGGGAAACCACAAGCUUACUUCUGCAGUUCAUGGAGAAACUGAAGGCGGUUGGCAUCACCUGUAAGUCCAGCAUUGGCUCCACCCCGUCCUGCAGUCACCCAGUCAAAGACAUGGCACAGCUCUGCGAGGUGCACCCUGGAAACUACGUAUUUUACGAUGUGCAGCAGUGUGUGAUUGGCGCAUGCAGUCUGGAUGAUGUGGCCGUGAAGAUUUUGACAAGGGUCAUUGGACACUGUCCUCACAGGAACCAGCUUCUGAUUGACUGUGGAUGGAGUGGAAUCAGUCUGGAUGGAGCUGGAACACUUCCCACUGGAUAUGCUGUGAUUGAAGGGCAUCCAAAUCUCAAGUUGUUGUCUAUGACCCAGGAGCAUGGUAGAGUGGAGCCCAUCUCCGGUCAGCUGGACUACAGCAAAUACCCCCUUGGCUCUCUGCUCACACUGAUCCCUUACCAUUCAUGUGCAACGGCGUUGAUGCAUUCUGUGUACCACGUGCACUCUGAGGGCCGUCUGCUGGGGAGGUGGAUACCCACUCGUGGAUGGUGAUCAGCAGUCCAACUCUUCACUCAUACGUAACUUUGUUUGGCUAUUCAGAGAGCGCACACCUCCACCGAGGCUGCUCAGUGUGCCACACUGUCAAUACACUACAAAAUGUCAUCCAAACCUGUUCAUUACUUUUUGACCUACGGGCACAUAUCAACUAGAGCAGAAGAAGAAUGUUGAUUGUGAUUGUGGGCUGUAAGAAAAUAUGAUGGAACUAGGAGUGUGUUAUGUCCAAGUGUUUUUGUUUUUGGAGAUUAUUAUAAAAGCAAUUGUUUACAUUAGGUAAAUUGGACGCACAAGACCAUAGGUGUGAAUGUGAGAGUGACUGGUUGUUUGUCUAUGAAUGUGUCCCCUGGUGACCUGUGGCGAUCAGUGAUCAGUGGUGUUUGCGCAAAGACAACAAGGGAAGAAUAGCUUCCAGUAAAAUGUAAUCGAAUAUGUACUGUGUUGUAUCUGUGUUUGUACAGUCAAAACGGCAGUACCUGUUUUCGAUUGACAGUAGAUUAUAAAUCAAUUACAAAAUGAAUAGUCAACUAUGAAUCGUAAACUAUUUUGACAAUCGAUUAAUCCGUUUGAGUGAUUUUAAGGACUUAACACAUGUUUUCUGAUUUCUCAGCUU